AUGCUCCACACGGCGGCGACGAGCAACAAGCGGCCGCAAGGCAUGUCAAUUCGGCAGUUUCUCAGCGAGGGGCUCUCGUUCAUCCAGCACCUCGAGGCGCACCACUCGAUCGAGGAGAACUACUUCUUCCCGCAGCUCGCACGCAAGAUGCCCGAGUUCCGCGGCGGCAAGGCCGAGCUGCUGCGGCAGCACCGCGAGAUCCACAAGGGCAUGGAGGGCCUGCAGACGUACCUGCGCGCAUGCCGGGCCGGCGAGGUGGAGCUGCAGAUGAGCGUGCUGCUGGAGCAGCUCGACAGCUGGGGCGGUGUGCUGUGGACGCAUCUGGAUCAGGAGGUCAAGACGCUCGGCGCGGAGAAUAUGCGCAGGUACUGGACGCUUGCUGACAUGAAGGGGUUCAUGAUAUAA